CCACUUAUGCAAGAGGUUGUGUAAUGAAACGUAAUGUUGACUGCUCUCAACACCGGGACGCCUGGAGUGAAGAAAAUGACAAACUGAUAGACAGAGUGUAUAAAGACCGAAUGAAGACAACGUAUCAAGUCAGCUACUACAGAAGAUAUCCAUAUACUGGCGAGGAACGUGCUGCAGAAGAAACAGAGGACGAAUUCUUGAAGGAAAUGGAGAUUUGCUACAAGAGAAGCACAGAAGAGAGACUUGCACCUCAAGUCCCGGCCACGAGGCCAGGGUUCGCGUACGGCCUACCGGCUUUCUUCAGUACCGGAAUAAGUGAAUAUAAAGACAGCAUCAGCAGAGUGGCGUACUAUAUCUUCCAAAGGGAUAAAAACGCUGGUAUCAACAGGCUCGACAGGUAUAAGCGGCCGACAGCCAGUCGCGCCACUUUGCUUGCCGAUCAGUCAUCUCAAGUCCCCAGACCCACAAGCGGCAGUCAAGCAGCGAACGCACGGCUCGAGGCGGAAGAGGCCGGCUAGUGUCCCUUGCUAUCGAUAUAGCAGCAAACCAACCGGCUGCCUCCAAGCGUUUCCCAGGCCUUCAUCUGCUCUUUACAGUGCACUGAGAAACCAC